AUGGUACUCAUGUCAGAACUCAUGCGAGUUCUCGUACCCACACUGUUACAGCACGACUCAACACUGCUGUCUUCCUUGAUCGAUCUGCAAAACCGUUCUGUAUACCAAGAGGUUGUCAAAUACCUCUACAGCACGGUGGACAUCGUCUUGCCAGCUGAUCUAUCGUUGCCUCCUCUGCUGGUAUCACCGAAAGUCAACGCUGUCCUCCGGACUGGCAGAUUGGGCCAAGUAACCAAGACUAUCCGGUUUCGACAUUCCUCAUCAUCGAAGAAAGACGUUCCAUCAGUACAAACUCGAUAUCUCCCCGAUACUGAUGGUGAGAAGAGGACUGCUGUCUGGACAUUGGCCGCUGAUAUCAUGCAACGUUGUCCCAAUGUUCGGACACUGGAGUGGGAGACGGAUUUUGGCAUAGGUGGAAGUUUAUGGGAUGCGAUCUCCUCUUUGAAUGAUCUGACGCAACUAUCAAUUCGCCACUCACCUUUACACCCCUCUCAAGAUCCAAACAGAAAUUCCACUGCGCAUUUCCCUCGCAUAGCUCCUCCUCUCCAACUGCUGAUUCCUCCCGGCUUAUCGCUGCAGCCAGAGGUGAAAGCUGAGGGUACCGAUACACCCCUGACGAGAGGAUCGGUCGUUGGCAAUGGUGGUUGGGGUUUAGGAAUAGGAUGGGAGAACUUGGAGGUUUUGAAGAUAGGACCGUUGAGUGAGACAGGUGCAAAAACGAUCGCGAAUCAUCUCACUUUGUUAUCAAUAAUCGGUUCUCUCGGCACAUUGAUUCAUGUCGAAUUAUCCACGACUGGAACGAGAUUGACUGCCGAGUGCCUUAAUACCAUUAUCACCGGUUGUGUCGUGUUAGAAAGUCUCAAACUGAGUGGUGUAGAUGGCCAUUUAAGCAAAGAUACCUGGUCAACGAUCACUGAGUGGCCAUCAAGCUUUGGAUCGCUGGAGAUAGUAGUUGCUGAGUACUCCAAGAAAUUCUCCUGGAUACUGGAUCAUCUCGAAAGUAUUCAUCAUGUACCUAUAUCUCAACUCAAACAUCUCGCCAUACGUCGCAGUGUUCAUCCGACGAAUCUUCUACCUUUUCCUCCACCUAACGCUGUUACAUAUCCGCCUUGUCGACCUGAUAUGGCGCUGCAAGCCAUCCCAGAUACACUCUUCAAUGCGAUCGUGGACAAGGGCAAGCAGCUGCGAUCAAUGUGUCUGACCUGGUGGGAGAUCACUCAAGGAGGAUUCACAACUAUAAUGUCGAAUUGUACGGAAUUGAGAACGUUGGAAAUAGCCUUGGCGGCUCCUCUCACACAGGUCUUGAACCUUCCAACCUCCUUUGCGAAACUUCCUAUGGAACGACUAUGCAACACGAGUGAUCCUGCGGUGUAUCCCGCUAACAUCACUGGCAAACUCAAGAUCGAUUACAUCAACAUUCCUGAGGGUUUCCCAACGGUCCUUCGCGACCAAAUUCUGGAGAGUGACCCGCAUCUGCCAGAUCCUCGAGAUCUGAAGAGAUUUUCCCGUCGGUUACCCAACUUGACCACUUUGGCUUGGGUAGGAAAGGGUGGUCGAGGCGAAUGGCACUUCACUCGCAAGUCCGCCCCAUCGAGUAUAGUCAAUAUCGACUUCAUACAUUCUGCUGUCAAAACUAAGGACAUAUGGCAACAAUGUCAGAAAGCUCCUCCACCGCUGUACGGUGAUGUUAUCGAAAAUCCAAGUUCAGGUGUUUCAUUAGAGAUCCCCUCUCUACCCUCGACACCUGCAAUUAUCGAUUCACCCAUUUCUAGGGUUUCAACGGUCAAUACGGAUACCUUGGUCAAGACUCCUAGCAUUCGAAGAGUCAGCUUAGCCGAGGUUGAGGCUAGUCUCGAAGAUCCUUCACCGUUCGAUGCCGAGGCAGUACUCGAAGUCCCUUCAACUGCUACGAAAACAUUCACCGGAAUACCCAAGAUUUCCCGAAACUCGAAAGCUUUGAGACCUAUACCAGCCACCUCUCCAAGUACUCCCAAUAAGAGUGGUCCAUCAGCAACGUUCUCUCCCAGAACCAGUCAACCGGUAAUCUCUGGAGCGAGGUCACCUCCGAGUUCGCCGCAUUCUUUCCAUCGUCGAGGGUCGAGCAGAAGCUGGCAUGGUGUCACUCGUAAGAACGCUGUUCCCGAACAAGAGUUGACCAACGCGCCUCGAAUCGUUCCUGGUUCUGGAGGUAGACAGUCUCUUCCUGUCGAAGCUAUCGGUGAGAGACUGAAGAAGGUUGUACCGAAGGAAAAGGUGGAGAAAAAGAAGAUUGAGGCCAGUCCGAAAUCGGAACAAUCGGGGUGGAUCGUUGUAGGUGCCGGGAAUGAUAAACCGAACAAAGGGGACAAGUCAAAGAAAGGCAUUUCUAAGAAAUCAAAACAUUGA